AUGAAGGUGUUGCCGGUCGUCGUCGUGUUCUGCUUGGCUCUAUCGGUGACCCAAGCGAUCCUGCUCAAGGCCCUUGGAGCAGGUGCCCUCGGUUUUGGUGCUGGAGCUCUUGUCGGCAGCGCACUCUCUCGUGGUGGUGGUGGUGGAGGCUACUACCCUUACCCAUACGGCCGUGGUUUCGGUGGUGGCUAUGGCGGUGGCUACGGCGGUGGCUACGGUGGUGGCUACGGUGGUGGAUUCUACGGCUAG